AUAAAACAAAUUAUAUAAAAAACUAAAAAAGCAAGUAAGGUGAAAUCGGGUCACGAGGCGAAAUAAGUUAGGUCAUGGUUGGUUAUAUCUUAGGUUGAAUUCAUGUUUAUUGCAUGUCAUAGUGUCUUAGACUUAGAUGUGAUCGGGUAUGGGUUGACAUUAAAUUAUAUUUAUUGUAAGUUAAAUUGUAUAUGGUUGAGUCUAAUAUGAUAGGGUUGAUGGUAAGUUGGGUCGAUUCGAGUAAUUGGUUAACACCGGAGCAAUAUUGAUUGAUCAAGUAAGGAGGUUGUGGGGUUGGCCGGGGUCAAAAACAAGCUUAUGUUAUUUGUGGGCAUUGCAAAAAGCGCCAAAUCGGGAAAAGAAAACAAAAAGUUCCGUGGAGAAAGGGACGAAUAACAAAAGAAAGUUGUUGAAUUGAUAUUGUAUUUGGUCUUAUUGCCUGGCCUCUGGGAGAAGCGACAGCGAUUGAUAUUUCUCGUAGGCAUAUUCUCAUUUCGCAUUUCCUUCCUCCAUUUUCUCAAGGUUUGAGAUUGAACACAAAUCAAUUAAUAUGUUGCCAUUGCUUGGAAUUUAAUCUAAACACCCUUUUCAUAAACCAUUAAUUUGAUUGGUAAUGAUGAUGGAUCUUGAUGGAGGUGGUGACCCUUAUAAUAUGCUAUUGAAUGAUCCCCUUCUUUCAAUUGUUGACAACUCUCUUCAUCACUCUAAAUACCUUUUGGCUCCUGCUUCUGUUGCACUCAGAGAAGCCUUCACCUGCUUCUCUAAGUUUGCCGGUGCUUUCGUCCUUUUCUUUUCCGGCUCUUCACAAAUUCAAACCAAAUUUUCUGAUACUAAUCUUCCCAAACCUUCAAAUUCAACUUCGUCUUUUGGACAACCCAAACACAUUGCCCCCUCUACUAAGCCUUAUCGUCGUCUGCCGGGUACUUCAUCCUGCUUCAGAUUCCCACAUGAAUCUUUUGCCGCGCUAUUUGGUCAUAAGAUUUCAGCUUUUUCUCUCAGACAUUUGCUUAGAGCAGCAGCUGAUGAUGUUAAACCAUUUCCUGUGCUCUCGCUAGCUGCUGCCCUCAUACCCCCACUUGAUCACUUUACUCCUAGCAUGUUAGCUAUACCACCUGAGGAUGCUGAUGCACAAAUGUUGGGAUCCAUGGACAAAAACCCCUGCAAUGUUCAGCAUCAUCGAGAUUGUGUUGGUCAUGCGUUUCCUGAAUUUAAGUGGUUGAGAGAUACAAUUGAACCCAAAACUGGCAUUCAGUUUCCUGGUGUUUUAAAUAGCAUAAUAGCCAAGGAUACUCAGUCCAAUUUGUCAUCAGAGGUGCUUGUUGGAACGGGAUCUAGGAUCAUGACUCUCAUCAGAAUUAAAUCGCUGAAGGUCUAUGCUUUUGGUUUUUAUGUCCAUCCUUCUUCUCUCUGUCAGAAAUUGGGCUCGAAAUAUGGUUCUGUUCCUGAAGUAGAACUCAAAGAACGCAAUGAUUUCUAUGCAGACCUUCUUAGGGAAGAUAUUGGAAUGACUGUUCGAUUUGUGGUUAACUACAGUGGCAUGAAAGUUAAUACAGUCAAAGAUGCUAUUGAGAAAUCUCUUCGGGCUCGUUUAGCUAAGACAAAUCCGGAGACUGAUUUCAAAUGCAUCUCAACAUUUGGUUCUUGUUUCACAAAAGAUAUUCCAUUGCCAGCAGGUACUAUAAUUGACUUCAGAAGAACUGCUGACGGGCAUCUGAUUACCGAAAUUGGAGGCAACCAAAUUGGUGCAGUGCAAAGUAGGGAGUUGUGUAGAGCAUUUUUUGACAUGUACAUUGGAGAAGUUCCUGUCUCAGAGCAAACAAAAGAAGAGAUUGGAAGAAAUGUUGCUACUAUUAUGAGAAGGUGCUAAGCUGAUUACUCUUCUGGAUUAUUAGGAGCCUAAGCCAAGGGUUUCCUGUGCUGCUUGACCCUGCCUAUUACAAAGGAUCCUUAAGUGGCUUGUCUUCAUAUUGAUAUUAUGUUAUCAGUCUACCAGAGUUAAUCCUCCAGUUCAUGAGGCUUCUGGCUUCCAUGUUUGGCGUGUGGUCAAUUAGUCAGCUAUGCCAAGUGCCAAACAUGUGCUGUAUAGUGUUCAGUUAUAUACGUAGAGGGGAAACAUGAUGAAGCUAAUGAUGUAUACAGUAGUAGGAAAACUUUUUAAAUCUAGUUUUAAGAUCACAAAUUGCAUAUCUGCUCUUAAGUUAUUUGAUAGGGAGAAGAUUGUUUGUGUUUUGUUUCCUCUUCCGGAGUUGCCUGAGCUGCUGGAAGUUAUUGGACAGCGACUGUUAUUUUUCUUCCAAAAGUACAAUGAAAUGAAGAUAUAUGUCUGGCUAUACAAUAUA